UGUGUACGUGAAGUGGAGGUUUGAUGUCAGGCGAAGUAGGGAACAGUCUGCACUGGACCACGGGACAGAGAGGACGUCAAACACCACAUCUUGUAACCCGGCCUUACCGCACCUCCUUGCACCAAUACUGCGAGCCUUGCCACACCUCAACCUUGCCUUAAAACCACUAAAACAUCACCACAGAACGGAAAAACACCACCAGCAGGACAUCCCUUCGGUGCAAGCCGCUGCCACCACCUUCAGGAGACCCCGAACUCACCUCGCAUCGAACUGACAGUGACAAGCAGGCAACCACACCCACAAGAACCAAACCCAAGACAGGAAUUGAAGCUUGAAGGAUAAGAAAACGAUAUCCUGAUCUCCUUCGCGUUCCUCAAGCAUCCUAGAGGAGGAACACGCUUUAUUGAUUAGAAGGUGUGACGCCAGGCAAGGUGAAGACAGCUUUCCCUAGUGUGGCCGUGCUGCCCCGCCUGACACACCGUCCUCAUGAUGUGUGCAUUCAUGACCCCCGUCCUUAAAAAUGACUGGGAGAUUUAUAACACGAAGAGGUCAAGAAACAAUUCGGAGAGCUCGGCCGUAUCCGUGCCCCCCAACCACCGCUCGCGCCCUCCCCACCAGCGGAGGCGCGGGAUUGGUGACACUGGCCGCAGCUUCUCCUACCACGCCCCCUCCGCUCACGGCCGCGGCGACCUGGUUUUCGUAGGCUCGCCUCCCCGCGCCUAUCACAUGUCCACCAAGACCUCCAGGUGUGCGUCGAGGACCUCCAUGGAACCACACUCACCUGGCACCACCAGCCCCCCCAUCAGUCCGCUGGCCGCCACCUCCUCCGCCAACACGCACCCCCCCUCCCACGGCCCCUCCAAGAGCCCUUCAUCUGUCUCCCUCACCAAGUUCCACAACAAGGUGAUGGACAAGUUGAAGACAGUCCUGCACCUCAAGGAUAACCGCCAGGAGGAGGAGGACCAGGAGGGGACGAGGGGCCAGUCAUGAGAUGCGAGGGGAAGUGAGGGAGACGAAGGGGCUAGGGGAAGGGGGGGCGGGGGGAGGAGGAGCAACAGGAGGAAGAACAGAAGAAGCACCAUUACCCUCACUACCAUCCCCUCCACUACCACCGCCGCCGUCGCCGCCGCCACAAACCCCCGUAGGAGAUGUUCGUAUUCCUCAUCUCUUUCCCCUCCUCCUCAUCUUCCUCUUCCUCGUCCUCAAAGACGCGCCUCCUCCCUCGAUCGCCAGUUCCCUUCUUGAUGCUAAGUUUAAGAAAGAAGAAGUGAAGAAAGGAAGAAAGGUGGAAAGAGAGAAUGAAAUGAAGGAAGGCUUUAGAAGUAGAAAAAGAAAGAAAGAAAGGGAUUGCGUGUAUGAUUAAAUUUAGCGAAGAAAAGUGUGAAGAGAGAAUGAAAGAAAAAAGGGAAGGAAGGAAGUGAAUAUGUAUGUAAGAUUCGAUUUAAAGAAGCAAGCUGUAAAGAGAGAAUGAAAUGAAGGAAGGCUUUAGAAGUAGAAAAAUAAAGAAAGAAAGGAAGGGAGUGCGUGCAAGAUUAAAUUUAGCGAAGAAAAGUGUGAAGAGAGUGAAAGAAAAAAAGGAAGGAAGGGAGUAUGUGUGCAAGAUUCAAUUUAUAGAAGAAAGGUGUAAAGAGAGAAUGAAUGAAAGAAAGGUUUUGAUAUUUGUUAUGGUGGUGAGAGUCAACGCGUGUGGGAGAAGAGAUUCCAUUGCCCCCAGAACGUUAAAUAAAAGAAGAAAGAAUGAAAGGUCGAAAGAAAUCGAAAGAAAUGCCUAGAAACUUGACCUAAUGGGUGUAAAUGUGUGUGAAAGAAACUCAUUCAUUGCCCAAAAACAUGAAGUGAAAGAAAGAAAAUGGAUGAAAAUGAAUUGAACGUUAUGAUCUUUGGACCACAGAGAAAAUUGAAUGGCUCUCUUUUCUGUACGUAUCUGUUCGAAAAAAGAAAUAGGAAAUUAUGUGUGAUUUCAAAGGUGCAUGAGAUCUAAAACACUGCUGUUGGUUGUGUGAUUGACUGAUUGUAAGGUCUUGAAAAUAUUCCUGAGGCUUCGGAACACUAAGAAAAUUGAACGUUUCUCUUUUCUGUACGUAUCUGUUCGAAAAAAAGAAAUUGGAAAUUAUAUGUGAUUUCAAAUGUGCAUGAGAUCUAAAACACUGCUGUUGGUUGUGUGACUGACUGAUUGUAAGGUCUUGAAAAUAUUCCUGAGGCUUCGAAACACUAAGAAAAUUGAAUGGCUCUCUUUUCCGCACGUAUCUGUUCGAAAAAAAGAAAUAGGAAAUUAUGUGUGAUUUCAAAUGUACAUGAGAUUAAAAACGCUACUGUUGGUUGUGUGACUGACUGAUUGUAAGGUCUUGAAAAUAUUCCUGAGGCUUCGAAACACUAAGAAAUUUGAAUGGCUCUCUUUUCCGCACGUAUCUGUUCGAAAAAAAGAAAUAGGAAAUUAUGUGUGAUUUCAAAUGUGCAUGAAAUUGAAAACGCUACUGUUGGUUGUGUGACUGACUGAUUGUAAGGUCUUGAAAAUAUUCCUGAGGCUUCGAAACACUAAGAAAAUUGAAUGGCUCUCUUUUCCGCACGUAUCUGUUCGAAAAAAAGAAAUAGGAAAUUAUGUGUGAUUUCAAAUGUGCAUGAAAUUGAAAACGCUACUGUUGGUUGUGUGACUGACUGAUUGUAAGGUCUUGAAAAUGCCUGAAGCUUCGGAACACUAAGAAAAUUGAACGUUUCUCUUUUCUGCAUGCGUGUGUCUGAUAAAAAGAAACAAAACAUGGAAAUUCCGCGUGAUUGUACAAUGAGCACAGAUUGGACACUUUCGGAAAAAAACAGUACAAGUGAAUGGCUGAAAGAAGACAGUUGUGUGUGCGUUUUGUGAGGUGAAAAGAUUGUGAUUCUCUGGAAAGUGAGCGUGAAUUUGUUUGAGUGAACGUGAAUCAGAAACACUUGAAACAUUGAACACGAAACACUUAAAAGAAAACAAGAAGGAAAGAAUGAAUAGUCCAUUGACUCAAAAUUUGGACACAACUACACGAGUUUUGAGAGAACAACAGCAACAAAAACAAGCAUUAAAAGAAAAUUAAAAAAAAUACACAAGAAAUUAAACAAAAAACAAUUAGCAGGAAGGAAGGUGAAAUUUGACUUAGAAAAAAUGAAGAAAAGUGGACACAUGAAAAUUUCGAAAUAAACAACAAUGACAACAACAGCAUCAAGAAGUGUGAAGAGAAAAAAUGCAAAUAAUUUUCCAUCCAUAUAUUUUGUUUAUCAAGGAAGCGACGAGUGGAGGAGGAGGAGGCAGAGAAAAACCACAACAACAAGAGUAAGGAAAACAAAAACAAAGAAGCGGUGCAAUAAAGACAAACAAAACAACAAUAAAUCAAAAAUAGUUCCUGUUUAAAAAUCCGGAUUCUCGCACGUAAACAAACAGAUGAAGAAAGAGAAAGAUAAUUAAAACAACAAAUACGGAAAAAUAAUGCAAAUAAAAACGGGGCUAUAUAUUUAAAUUACCAGCUCAGUAACAACUAGACCACUUUUUACACCGUUUUUUCAUAUAUUCCAACCCUUUUUUAUAUAGUAGCAACUCGGUCGAUCCCUCUGUCACCCGUGGAAAAGGCAGACUGAUAAUUUUUGUACUCCUUUCAAUACACAUAAUCUGACCCUUUUUUUAACAGUAGUCAUUUAGUCACCCCGUUGAAAAGGCAGACUGCUUGUUGUUGAUAUAGUAUUGUUUAUGUAGGCUCGUAUCCUCUAUGACUUAAACAAGACGGCUGCAAGUAAGGGGAGGAGUAAUAAACCACUGAGAACUGAUACCAAUAGUGACGAAGAUGAUGAUUUGAGACAUAAUAUUCGAUUUAUACAAGUUGAUUAAGCUGUACAGGCGAAUAUCAUUUUGUUAUGGUUACUUAUAGUGUGUGUGUGUGUGUGUGUGUGUGUGUGUGUGUAAAAUGAAAGGCAAUGGAUGGGUGAAAGGAAUGUUUUGUGUGUGUUUGUGAGUUUACAUGUAAGCCCAUUUUCGGUCUUAUUUUUAUUAAUGUGUAUUAUUAUGACGACGAAUCUUUAUUUUUUCUUUCUUUCGCUAUAUAAGAAGACUCGUAUAAUGUUAUAACGUGGAUAUAUAUAUAUAUACUUAGCUACCCUUUGUGUGUGUGUGUGUGUGUGUGUGUGUGUGUGUGUGUGUGUGUGUGUGUGUGUGUGUGUGUGUGUUUCAACCUCCAACAUACAUUCCUAUUGCUCUGUGUGUGAUGUUUGUGUAAUACUGUGUUUGUCUUGUGUUUUAAGCGCGGUCCGUUUGUGUUGCCGACUUCAAAACCUGCAACACAAAUAGAAAAACGAAUAGGGUUUAAAAUACUCUCUCUCUCUCUCUCUCUCUCUCUCUCUCUCUCUCUCUCUCUCUCUCUCUCUCUCUCUCUCUCUCUCUCUCUCUCUCUCCGUAGUACAACUGCCUAAAAAUAUAUUCAAGUGCAUUUUCUGCGACGUAAAUAAACAAACAAACAAACAAAUAGAUAAAUCAACAGAAUAACGAAGGUUGGUCAAGCUUAACUAGAAUAUCGUCUUUAUCGCGUGUCUUUAAGUAGUAGUAGUAGUAGUAGUAGUAGUAGUAGUAGUAGUAGUAGAAGUGGUGGCUGUAAAGGUUGAUAAGUAUUUUUCCGUUCAAAUAUAUAACUCACUAAUUUACUUUUCAUUUUUCACUUUUUUUCUGCAUGAUUCAUAACACCUUUUUUUUUCUUCAUAUUUUUUACGCAUUUUUCCUCAUUUUCUUUCCUCAUUUUCUUCCUCGGGAUUUUUUUUUUUUUUUUUUCCGUUGUCGAUUUCAAUUUUCCUCUUUUUUUCUAUUUUUAAUUCACUUUUUCUGUCUUUUUUUUAUAUUGAGUUCGUUUUUUCACUUAUUUUUUCUUGCUCGUGAUUAUUAUUAUUAUUAUUAUUUUUUUUUUUUAUUUUUUUUUUUUUUUUAGCCGUUGCAAUUUUCCUCUUUUUUUCUAUUUUUCACUCACUUUCUCUCUCAUAUCGUUAUUUUUUUUAUAUUCAGUUCGUUUUUUCACUCAUUUUUCUCAUAACUCCCUUUUUUUCCAUAUACAGUACAAGAUUUUUUCAGUUAUAUUUUCUCAUUACUCCUUUUUUUCACAUUCAUUGCAAUUUUUUUUCCCUAUUUCACUCAUUUUUUCAUCCAGGGCAGUUUUUUACCUAUUUCACUCACUUUUCUCAUAUCCAGUGCAAUUUUCUCAAGUUUCUCUCGUUUUUUUUUCCUUGGUUAGUUUUUUUUCUAAUGUGUUUACGUAUAUCGUUUAUUAUUUGAAGCUCAUUUGCUACUCAUCAGUCCGUUUAUUUAUUUACCUAUUUACUCAUUCAUUAUUGUUAUUAUCAUCUUCAUCCGGUUGAUAUUUCCCCAUUCAAUAUGUCAGACGUAUUUCACUACAAUCAUAUUUUGAGGCUCUUUUUCUAUACAUCCAUUAGUAUAUUUUUGUCCCAUUCAAUAUGUCAGACGUAUUUCACUAUAAUCACAUUUUGAGGCUCUUUUUCUAUACAUCCAUUAGUAAGUUUUUGUUUUUAUCAUUCAGUCAUUCAUACAUCCAUCUGUUUAUUCAUUAUUAUUAUUAUUACCAAGCCGACGUUGAACUCGAUCAUGUGCCUACGUAGAUCAAACAGAAGUUGCCUACAGACAUAAUAUCGUCAACCAGUUGUUACUUUUUCUCAGGCCUUACCUUUACAAAUAUCCCUUUCGCGACGCCGUAGAAGUAGAACACGACGAAGAACGAAGACGCAUUUAGUAGAGAACGCAAGAAACCUUUCACUAGCUCAUACCCUCAAGAAAAUCACCAGUACCUGAAAACCUUUGAAACCAACCUCUUUUUUUGACUUCCCUUAUAAACAAAAGCAACGGUGUAACUUACAGAAAUUAAGGACAAAAAUAGCUAAGAAUGUACGACAAAUAGUGACAGGAAAGACGAACAAACGAAAAAUAAAACACAUUGAGAAACACGAUAAACAGGAUAUGCGAAAAUAUAAGUGAAAGAAAUAAAGGACAAAGACUAGACCUCAUUGGCUAUCAGUUCGCAACGGUAACGCUUCACUCUUUCUUUACCAACUUUAGACAGCUUCGGUGUUAGCAACCCCACCACCGCUUUAUGUAAACACUUAAGACCAGAUGUCGAAAUAACCACACCCUCAGAAAUAAUAUUCAUCUAACAUCAAAUUAUGUUAUACAAUGUCUUGUAUUCCAGAAUCCCGAAAUAUGAAGAAGAACCGGGUUCACUAUAAAAAAAAGGACCUCUUGAGAGUUCUCGGGGUGGCCGCGUGGAGCGCUGCUUGUAUAUAGCCAGAACCGUUUAUUUGGAACGAGAAAGUGAGGAAUAGGAAACUUACGACUAUAAACGAAACAACGAGAAAGCACAAUAAACUGAGGAAUCGGAAACUAACGACAAUAUAAACGAAACAACUUGAGAAAGCAUAAUUAACUGAGGAAUAGGAAACUAACGAAGACAUAGAAGAUAGAAACAAAGCACAAAGACAUCUGGUAAAAACACGUUAGAUUGAAGAACAGGAAGCUAACGAAGAUAGACAAAGCUAAACCGUAAAACGACAUCCUUUACCUAAACCUCAGAGUGCACGACAGACAGACAGACAGACAAACGGGAAAGUACCCUAACGCAAGGACCGAUAGGAGGGAAAGGCGAUAAGGAAAAGAUAGCAAGAUAGCGUGACAGACAGACCUACGUAGAGAGAUUAAAGAUAAUGAAACAGAUACGGAGAGUGAAAGCAACGUCAUUUCGUCAACUUGCUUACGAUACCAAAACUUAGUAAUGAGAAAGAUAGUUUAUAUAAUGCCAUCUUUUUAAACACUAUCUUCACCCUUACAGAUUCCAAGUAAAUGAGAAAUGUUAGUGCUCAGAGUUCAGAAAUAGUGUAAACGUAGAAGUGAAGUUACUUAAUUCUUUAGUACAAUCAUUAUAUUUUUUUAGUACAAGAGAAAAUGGAUUGCAGUUGGAAAAGGUGUCAUUCUGUGUGUGUGUGUGUGUGUGUGUGUGUGUGUGUUCGUCAUGCAAAACAUCCCAUUCUCAGCCAGCUCAGUUUCAUCUUUUGUUGUUGUUUUUUGUUUUCUUUAUUGUGCGCUUGCAACACCCCGCAACAUAGACAAACAAACAUCCCAUAAAGAGUGAUAAAAAAACCCAGUCUUUGGUGCUAAUAAUUUAUAGAAACAAACAUUAAAACAACCCCAAUUCUCUCUCUCUCUCUCUCUCUCUCUCUCUCUCUCUCUCUCUCUCUCUCUCUCUCUCUCUCU